AUGCUACGCGCAUUGCUAUUCUACCUAGCAGCCAGUUCAGCUUUGGCGGACGAACGGCCCCAUGGAGCCUACUGUGGCAAUUACAAAGAACUAGUCCGAAAUGGACGCAUAACAAUCGACGAUGAUACACAUUUCGACAUUUACCUCGAGGUCUUCUUGGAGCAGGUGGACUGCAAGCGGGAGGAAUAUCAGUAUGAUUGUGAGACCCAUACAGGGCAGCUUCCGCACUGGAAGGAUCCAGAUGAUUGUAUCAAUAAGAAGCUCAAUGACUUCGGCGUUAAACUGGAUUCUAUAAUGCUCUAUUAUGAUGCUGGUGCGGACCAAUUGACACUUGAGAUUAACAAGAAGAUCAAAACGAUCAUGAAGCAGUGUGACGAGUACGUGAAAAGCGGCGAGGAUCAGCUAUUGGACUUGGGGUUAGAAACCUUUCCAAGUGCCAAACAGGAGGCUAUCGAGAUGUCUCUAUGA